CUUGGUGAAAACUGCGGGCAUCCAGCGGAGUGUAGCAUCUGAGGCGACGUUUCCAAGGGGCUGCAGCAGUGGAAGACCGGAACCCAGGUUCAGAACUGAGCUCUUCGCACCAUGAACCCCGCCAUCAGCCUCAUUCUCCUCCUGACAGUCUUGCAGGUGGCCAGUGGACAAAAGGUAACCAGCCUGACAGCCUGCCUGGUGGACCAGAGCCUUCGUUUGGAUUGCCGCCAUGAGAACACUACCUCCUUGCCCAUUCAGUACGAGUUCAGCCUGACCCGUGAUUCAAAGAAGCAUGUGCUCUUUGGCACUGUGGGAGUGCCUGAGCACACAUACCGCUCCCGAACCAAUUUCACCAGCAAGUACAACAUCAAGGUCCUCUACUUAUCUGGCUUCACCACCAAGGAUGAGGGGAUGUACACAUGUGAACUCCAUGUCUCUAGCCAGACCUUCUCCAACAAGAAGGUCUCUGUGAUCAGAGACAAACUGGUCAAGUGUGGGGGCAUAAGCCUGCUGGCCCAGGACACAUCAUGGCUGCUGCUGUCCCUGCUCUCCCUGCCCUUCCUAUUCGCCAUGGAUUUCAUCUCAUUUUGACUGGCUGGGCCCAUGGAGGACACAGGAAGCCACAAGGCCUUGUCCAGAGAUCCUACUUAUCUGAGUAAACUGAUCCCAUCCCUCCAAUCCCUCACAUACCUUGGGGGGUAAAAUGAGAACCCCAUCCCUCAUAAGAAAUCUCAGUGCUGCAUGCCAUUAUUUACCUACCCGCCCACUGCCACCCCUACCCCACUGCCACCUCAUACCCUCUCCAGACACCACUAGCUUUUUGUCCACUUUGUUCCUGAACUGCUUCUGUCUGGUUUAUUUAGGGAUUUUUCCUCCUUUUCUUUGGGAGUUUGUGAAAAGGGAAGCCAUAGUUAGGGACUUGAUAAAGAAUGAGGGCAUGGGAGGGAUUGUAGGAUGGAGGGGUACCAGUCCUUGGGGGCCAUCCUUACCCACAGGGACCAGAAGCCUGAGAGAGACCUUGAUGAGAAGGGGGAUGGGAUGUGUUUGGGCCUAGCACAUCCCCCAGCAGCCCCUCACCCCCAUAUGUGAGGGUACCACAAAGCACUUGUGGUCUAUCACAUGAGAAAAGAAUUGAGAUACUUACCUGGCAGGGGAGACACCAUGAUCACAAGAAGAGAACUGAGCAUCAUUAGGGGCAUUCUCUGUCCCAGCACAAAAGCUGUCCUCUUCACUGCAGAAGUGCCCUAGGGGCCUUAGUCUUAGGGCAUGAUCCAGUGGAAAUACAGAUUCUGCCCAACAAGGAAUGCUAAUGGACAGUUGGAAAGGGAUGUAGAAUGGAGGGAGAGUCCAUCAUUCCUCCCCACCUAAGGAAGCUAAAAAUAGGAGUCUCCUGUCUUUCACUGUCUCAUCCAGUAGUUGAGAGGGUGGCAGAGGAAGACAGUCCUCUUCCUACGCUCUCCCAAGCUCCUGAGAACUUCCAGAAUGCUGACCUACAGGCAGUAUGCAGGCCAUAGGGAGCCACAGAGCCAUGCAAUUUGGCCCAAGUAUUUCUCCAGGAGGCUCUUCCCUCCACAGGUAGUGCCAACCCCAGCUAGCUGAGCCUCAGACAUCCCCUGCCUCACAAGCCUACCUUUGGUGGGAGGGGGGGUGCUGAGACAGGCCAUGGAGUGAGACCUGUAAGCAGGAAAUGCCUUGAGAAAUGGGUUUUCCCAACACCCAGCUUCCCAUCUGUCAGCUCUGCCCUGUCCUGGGACCAUGUAUAGUGCCAUCACAGCUUACAGCAUCUCCCUGAGGAAAAAGAAAACUACACAAUAAAACCAAACCUCUGGAAUCUG